AUGGCAUCCGCGUCGGGUACGUAUGAGUCUGCGGACAGUGCCCAGCGUCGGGAGCGAGCUGCUAUUGCAGCGCAGGCUUGUCAAACAUGCCGCACACGGAAGAGCAAAUGUGACGAAGCACGCCCAAAGUGUGGACUAUGUCGGCGCUUAAACGUCGAAUGUCUCUAUCGAGAACCCUUGCCAACCAAAAAAGACAAGACCAUGGUCCACAUUCUCGACACAUUAGCGCGAUUGGAGAACAAAUUCGACAACCUUGCUCUCACGAAUGUUGCUAGUAGCAGUCCGGACACGAAUCGCCAGAAUGAAUAUGGCGUUGCACGCUUCCCUCUGGAAUUACAACAGGGCUACCACCAUCUCGCCGUUCCACACAAGGUCAUCCUGUGGCCCAGCAUAUACAUCAGUCUCAUAAACUCUGGCAUAGGGGCGACAUCUGACCUGCAAUUCGUYCUGCAAGAAGGUACUCCGUGGUUCAUUCGACAAGAGAUGGCAAGUCACAAGGAACUACUCGAUCCUGAGCCUGGUCUGAGUGCUUUCGUACUGGACGGUCGACAACACAUCCCAGGCCAGCCCUCGCGAUUUGCCUUCUCCGGUCUCACAAUCCACCGCAUCCAGGAACUGUGUGAAUCAUACUUUAACUCAUUCAACGUCUUGGCUCCGGUAUUGAACAGGGAUACAUUCAUGGCAGACACAAUGGGCCCUAUCCUGCAGGAUGGUUUUGCAGACGGCGACGCCAAAACGGUACUCUGCCUGUUCGUCAUUGCACUGGGUCAAGUGGCUGUGGAGGGAGUCUUCGAGCAUCCCAUUGGGAUUGUGAAUGGCACACCAAGCGGCUUUCGCGGCGGGUCUAUACACAGGCCACCUGGGCUGGAGAUCUUCAACGAGGGUCGGAGAAGAGUUGGCUUUGUGGCAACGGAGAUGACGUUAAUCAACGUGCAAAUCAUGCUGUUACAAGCAACAUACUAUGAAGCCACUGCUAGACAUCUCGACUUCUGGCGAUCCACUGUCACUGCGUCAAUGGCUUGUCAGGUUCUGAUUCGGUGUCAGACCGUGGACUGGCAGUCACCGUCUGGAGACAUGCUGAAGCGCGCAUACUGGACUUGCGUGUUGAGUGAAGAUUUGUACCAUCUCGACUUGGAUCUACCUCAAACUGGCGUUCAAGAUUUGGAAGAUACAGUGCCACUACCCUACUUUCACGAGGGUUCAGAAUCCGCCGCGCAGGAUGACCGAUCGAACUUUCAAUAUCACUUUUUGGCCAUGAUCGCGUUGCGACGUUUGAUACAUCGCAUACAUGAAGUGAUACACGAGUCCUCUGCGACCCAGGCAGAGAGUGCAGACGACUAUGGCGGCCCGCCGGUCACCGUCAUCAGAGAAAUGGCUCGACAGCUCGAGUCCUGGCGCUCACUGCUCCCACGUCCCUUACAAUGGCAGGAUAGCGACAAGCUGGACUUCCCCAACAUCGACCCUUCAGGUCGCCGGCCGAACGAGGCGCUGUUCUCCCCAGAUCAAGGACCAGUACCCAUUGGACACAAGCACAGUCUCGAUCUAGUGACAGCUCAGCUACGGACCCGCUUCUACUAUGCAAGAUUUGUCCUCUACCGACCCUUUGUCUACAAAGCGCUACACUUUCCCGAGCUCAUGACGACCGAGGACGCGAACUGCUGUGCGUUGGCGAUCAAAUCAGCACUGUCCUGGCCCAUUGCAAUGGCGCCGUCCAAGAACAAGAAACGUCUGGUACCGCAUUUAUUCGCGUGGACGCAGAAUUUCAUGAGCAUAUUGCUGAUCUUGCGCAUGACGACCGAGAAUGAAUGUCUGAAGCGGAUUUGCGAGGAGCAGGUGAAUCGAGAGGAGCUUCAAAAGACUGUGUUGCUUAUGUUGGAGUGGGUGAGAGAUGUGCGUCAAGUCGAUGGCAUCGCGGAGUGGUUGUGGAAGAUCCUGGAACCGUUGUAUUCUGGUCCUGGUGGUGGUGUUGUUCCUAGCCUUGGUGGGAGUGCAUAG